AUGAAGAAUCUUCGAUAUUUUUGCCCACCCAAAUAUUGUUAUGACAGAACUAUUGAAGAUAUUCUUCCUGCUGAUAUAAUUGAGCAGAUUGAGUUAGAUCCUGAAGAAUCUUAUACUCCGGGAGAAAAUAAAAAUAACAACUUAGAAUUUUAUAGAGAAGUUUCAGAAACUAACAUUGAAACUAAGAGGGAAACCCAAAUAUAUAAUCCAAUUACCAUUACAAAGAAAACGAUUGAGCAUUAUAAAGUUCAAAUUGAAAACGAAAUUGUUAAUGCUCUUUGUUUAUUCGAUUGUAUGCAACGUGAUUCAGAUUUUGUAAUAGUUAGAGGAGGAAAAUACGUUCAAAGUGGAAAAAUUAUUCAAAAUUUAUCAUCACCCGAAAAAAUCGAAACUUCUUUUCAGAUUAUUGCUAUUGACCACAAUGGAUUACUCCAUAGCUACUUGGAACAGCAAAAGAAACGAGCUUUUAAUCUAUCAAAAGUUUUAAUUAAAAAAUAUGACAUUCAAACUAAUAUCGUAAACUGUUUUGCAGUUUGUGGUAGAGUUAGGGGACUUUUAAGAAUACAAGUUACAAACUCAAACGCUCCGAAUAUAGAUUUCCUAAUUCAUGAUUUGAUUCAAUUGUUUUGCUGCUCAAUAGAAAUCUACGAAUCCGAAUAG